ACCAUAAUUCAGGCUUUAGUGUUUACUCGAUAAGCUAACUGCAAAUGCUAGGCUAGCUGAAGAAAUGUCUGAAUAUUCAACUGUAAAAACCACGAAACUGGUUUUGAAAGGUCAAGGUAAAGCAAAGAAGAGAAAGCACAAGGAUAAGAAGAGAAAAGCUGCAGACGAAGAGGAAAAACCCGACGUUGUCGAUGGUUGGUGGACUGUCAGCAGUUAUGGAGAAAUUGCAGGAACAGUUGCAGUAGAGAUGCAGAUAAACUCAUACAUCCAUGCCCUGGAUACCGGGCUCUUCACUGUUGGUGCACCGCACAAAGAUGAUGAGGGACCAGACCCACCGGAGCAGUUUACUGCCAUCAAGCUCUCAGACACACGGAUAGCUUUGAAAUCUGGAUAUGGAAAGUUCCUGGGCAUCAACUCUGAGGGUUUGGUGGUUGGGCGCUCCGAUGCCAUCGGUGCAAGAGAACAAUGGGAACCAGUCUUCCAGGAUGGAAAAAUGGCUCUUAUGGCAGCAAAUAGCUGUUUCAUCUCCUACAGUGACAGCGGGGACAUCGAGGCCAAGAGCAAGACGGCAGGAGAUGGCGAGAUGCUGAAGAUCCGAACAAGUACGGAACGGGAAGUCAAACACAAGGAUGACCUUGCAGAUGAAGACCGUGGUAACGUGAAAUCCUGUGAGCUCAAUUAUGUGAAAAAGUUUCAGAGUUUUCAAGAUCGGCGGCUCAGGGUUAACGAGGAAGAUUCCUCCAACCUAAAGAAAGCCAGAACGGAUGGGAAAUUUCAUGAAGAGUUGCUCGACAGGAGAAGCAAAAUGAAAGCAGACAGGUACUGCAAAUGAAGACUCGCUGGAUUUCUGCCAUGUCCUUUACAUGUUUUUAGAUUUUUGUUGAUGUAGUCAUCUGACAUGCUACUGGAAGUUACCUUUUUCCCAACUUUUUAUAUGAUUGAAUAAACAUAUUAUGGAUAAAUCA